UCUAGUAGCAGGUCCUAGCACAUCAGUUGCUGUCAAACAAGACGAAUUUUUGAUGGAAGCCUUCGCAAAACCGGAAUUCCAUUUCGACCUGACCCAAGGAUCCCCACCCAACGAUCAGGUGGGUGAGCUGACGAAGAGGGUCCAGGCUUUGGAGAAGAAGCUGGAGGCCAACACAAAAACACUUGAAGCCAAUACAAGGCAGUUGGCAGAAAGCACCCAUCAGGUGUCAAAGCUAGCGGCCUUGUUACAAUUUUUUCACAAGGGAAAGAAAAAAAAAGUAGCUGUCGAUGUGGCGUUCCCGGUCUCUAGCGAUGAGGAUCUCCUAGAUUUAGAUCUAAAGAUAAGUUUAGGGUCUAAAGGAGACUAUAUUCAAGCCAUAACUACUUUGUUGGAGCGCAAUAAUCUGCCAAAGGCAAUUCAAAGUGUGUUGACAGAGCAACUGCUAUGCGAAUACAAUAUAGAUGGUGUCAACGGAAAGAAGGCGUUGAAAACAUUUCCGGAAUUCUUUUCAGUUUUAAUCGACAGCAUAAGUUCGUUGGAGGACCAGCAGCCGGCGGAGAAGGCCCUGGCACACGCCCUAUCUUGUGUUAGGAACAAUGCCAAUAAGAAAAAUUAUAAAAAAUAGAUGAUAUCCACCUCUUUAAAAAUAAAUAAAAAUUUUAAUUGCA